GACCUCCGGUUGCUUGGGGCUCUGCUAGCUGAGGGUGUGGACUGAAAACAGUUCCGUCCGCGAUGCCGUCGCCAUGACCAUUUGUCAGUUCUUCCUUCAAGGCCGGUGUCGCUUCGGAGAUCGGUGCUGGAACGAACAUCCCGGCGCCGGGGGUUUGGGCGAAGGACGGCAGCAGCAGCUCUCAGGUAGUAACAGACGAGGAUGGAAUACCACCAGCCAGAGAUAUUCCAGUGUUAUCCAGCCAUCCAGUUUCUCCAAAUCCACACCAUGGGGGGGCAGCAGAGAUCAAGAAAAGCCAUCUUUUGCUUCUUUUGAUUCUGGAGCGUCAGCUAGCAGGAACAGUGGGUUUGGAUUGUCUCAGAACCCAUUUGCUUCACCUAACUCUGAUGGGCAGAAAGAUGAAAAGAAACUUCUGGAAGGAAUUGUAAAAGAUAUGGAGGUUUGGGAAUCAUCAGGGCAGUGGAUGUUUUCUGUUUAUUCACCAGUGAAAAAGAAACCUAAUAUUUCAGGUUUUACAGAUAUUUCACCAGAGGAGUUGAGACUUGAAUACCGUAACUUCUUAACAAGCAAUAACUUACAGAGUUAUCUACAUUCCAUCCAACAGUUAAUAAAUCAGUGGAGGAACAGGGUAAAUGAACUGAAAAGUCUAAAUACAUCAACUACAAUAGCUUUGCUCUCUGAUAUAAAGGGUGGAGUAAAUCAAGCAGCACCUGCGUUUGGAUUUGGCAGUAGGCCAUCAGUAACAUUUGGGUCACCAGGUUUUCCAGUGAAUAACAACAGCAGCAUUAAUGCUCAGAAUUUUAGUUUUAAACCAAGCUCUGGAUUUGCUACUGCCCCUUCUGGAAGCCCUUCUGUGUUUGGGAAUACUCCAGCAUUUGGAGCUGUACCCUCCGCCAAUUCUGCCAUCACUGCUUCUACUCCAGCUUUUGGACUUGGGAAACCCCAAAUCACAUCUGCUGCUUCAUUUUCAUUUAAAAGCCCUGCAGCUUCUGGUUUUGGAUCAUCCGGAUUUUCAGGAUUUCCAGCUCCUAUGGCAGCAGGCCCUGUUGGAGCUCCAGAGGCCCCAGCCUUUGGAAGCGGCAGUUCUUCGGCUGGUUUUGGUAGUCUAGGCUCACAGUCUCACACUGCUUUUUCCAAGUCAUCCAGUGGCACCUUUGGAAACAGCAGCAUAUCCACAUCUCUCUCAUUCUCAAAUGGCAGCACCACAACAGAUAAUGUAUUAUUCACACCCAAGGAUCAACUAACAGCAGAAGAACUGGAACAAUUUCAAUCCAAGAAAUUUACUCUGGGAAAAAUUCCAUUAAAGCCACCUCCUGUGGAACUUCUAAAUAUUUAAACGAGUAAUUUUAAAUACAGAAAAGAACAGCUUUUAAAA